CAUGGUUAUAGUAUAAAUAUUACACAAUAUAGUUCUUUAUCGACUUCUCAAAACAUUCAUUCAUCUAACUUUUUGUCUGCAAGUUCGUCCAAUACUACUUUACCCAUAGUCGAAUGUAUUUCAUUCGAUGAAGAAUUAGUUAUUCCAUCAUCCCAAAAUAAAGGAAAAAAUAAACGACCGUUAAUUGAAGAUGAUGAUAGCAGUAACAAAUUAUGGUCUAAUUCGAAUGUCAAAUUGUUGCUUGCUUAUUUAUCUGAAAAUUUUGAUAGUUACCGUAAAAAUAAAGAAAAAUUCUAUGCAAGUACUGCUUUACAUCUAGGUGGCAAGUCGAGUGUGCAGCACUAUGGUACUAACGUUAAUAAUAAUAAGGAGAAAAUUCAACGUAAAAAAAAAAAAUUAAAUGAUGAUAACUUAUCAUAUAUCGAGUCAGUAGCAAUUAUUAGCGAAAGUAAAAAAAUAUCAGCAGAAAGUAGAAAAAAAUGGCAUAAUGAACAUUCUGAAAUGGAGCGUGAAAAACUUAAAUUUGAAAAAAAAUAUAAAUCAAGAGACAUAGAAUUGCAAGAAGCAGAAUAUAAACUGAGAAAAAAGGAAGUUGAAGCUCGUAUCAAAAUCGACAAUGACAAAUUGGAGUUUGAAAAGCAAAUGAAAAUGAAUUUUGAAUUAAAAUUAAAGGAACUGGAAACAAAACUUAAAGAAUUAGAAAUGAAACAUAGGGAUG